AUGUCUGCUAAGACCACCAAAACCGGCAAGCUUCCUGCCAAGCCUCGCGCCAAGCGCACCCGGGCUGCCAAGCCUGCCGAAAUCGCCGAGAGUUCUAAAACCGCUGAACUUUCCGCCAAGUCUUCCGAGACCGCCAAGCCUGCCGAUUCAGACACCCCUGUCGCUUCCGCCAAGCCUCCCGCCAAGCGCACCCAGGCUGCCAAGGUUUCCAAGACCGCUGAGAGAUCUAAAACCGCCGAGCUUUCCCCCGAGCCGGCUGCCAACCCUUCUGAUUCCGGCACCCCUGCUGCCAAGCCAACCGAUUCCGUCGAGCCGGCUGCCAAGCUUUCCGAUACCGCCGAGCCGGCUGCCAAGCUUUCCGAUUCCGGCACCCCUGCUGCCAAGCCUUCCGAUUCCGCCGAGCCGGCUGCCAAGCCUUCCGAUUCCGGCACCCCUGCUGCCAAGCCCUUCCGAUUCCGCCAAGACUCGCCCAAUUCAGUAUCAUGA